UCUGACGGAGGUCGCAGGUUUAGAACACGGCUUAUGUGUUUAUAUCGACAAUUUUGACUCAACUGUUUACAAAACACAGCGAGGAGCAGCUGUUGUUUUGUGUGUGUGUUUUUUUUGUUUGCACGUGAACUCUGCUUUUUUAUCCAUACACCGGGACGACUUUUAUUGGCGAUAUCGUGGAUCGAAAGCGGCUUUUUUUUUGCUCCUAUCCGGAUGAGAGGAUCCCUACUGAAAUUUGGCUUCUGCAACGUGGACCGUAAGGGAGACGGAGACGGGAGCGCCGUUCAGUCGGAAUAAAAUUACUGUUUUGAACCAAACCGAGGCGCAGACAGACAUAACAUCGCUGCUCUUUGGCGGAUAUCCCUAAAGGAAUGCUGCUCUCUAAGCUCAAUUCUCUGGCCCACAUCUCCACCGUAGAUAUGCCGGCGAAAAUCCAGCUUCAAGUUCAUCAAGUGAAGGAGAGGGAGCCUUUCGACAAGCUUUACCAGGUCGGUGCGGUGCUGGGCAGCGGCGGCUUCGGUACCGUCUACUCCGGUACACGAAUCUCCGAUGGAGCUCCGGUUGCUGUCAAACAUGUAGCCAAGGACAGGGUCUCCGAGUGGGGAGAGCUGCCCAAUGGUUCGCGAGUCCCAAUGGAGAUAGUGUUGUUGAAAAAAGUCGGGACUGGCUUCCGUGGUGUCAUCAAGAUGCUGGACUGGUUCGAGAGGCCGGACAGCUUCAUCAUCGUCAUGGAAAGACCCGAAAACGUCAAGGAUCUGUUCGACUUCAUCACGGAGAAAGGUGCCUUACCGGAGGAGCUGGCGCGGAGCUUUUUCCGCCAGGUGCUGGAGGCCGUGCGGCACUGCCACAGCUGCGGGGUGGUGCACCGGGACAUCAAGGACGAGAAUAUUCUCAUCGACCUGCGGACCGGAGAGAUGAAGCUCAUCGACUUCGGAUCCGGGGCUUUACUGAAGGACACCAUUUACACAGACUUUGAUGGCACAAGAGUGUACAGCCCGCCAGAAUGGAUCAAAUACCAUCGCUAUCAUGGGCGCUCUGCCACAGUAUGGUCAUUGGGUGUGUUGCUGUACGAUAUGGUGUGUGGCGACAUCCCUUUUGAGCAUGAUGAAGAAAUAGUCAGAGGUCAAGUUCUCUUCCGGAGGAGAAUCUCACCAGAAUGCCAGCAGCUUAUCAAGUGGUGUCUGUCCCUACGGCCGGCGGACCGUCCGUCGUUCGAGGACAUCAUUAACCACUCCUGGAUGCAGAGCACAUCCUCAUCUGGAGUCCCCUCCACAGUGCAGACAGAUAAGACGACCACAGAGAUUCGGUUGCACAGCAUUAGCCACGAGCCCACUGCCUUCACACCCUCCCCUGUGGCUGUGGCCCGGUGAUGGCCGUUCUGGUCCGAACUGGACUGAACUGACAAGAGACUAUUUUUACUAAAGACUUAUGUAACAGACUUGAAGCAGAAGAGGGAGGGGGCACGGCACAGGCCAACAGUCCUAACACCAGCGAGAUAAAGGUGUAAGGACCAAAGUGAUGACAAAUCCUUUGGGUUCUGUCCGGCCAGCCACAGCCUGUCCGACCUCACACAUAACUACUUGACUUCCUCUUCCCCUCGUUGAGCCUCGUUGGUAGCAGAACAUCAUGCUCACUGGACUUUAUCAUUCUGGAAGAGGGCGUGCCCUGCGAAAGAGCACCUGCAACAGACUGAUACAGUACAUGUGCUCUGUUCUGCUGAAUAGCGUGCGGACAGUCCGAGUUAUGUAAUCUCUGGCUACACUGUACUCUGCUCUCUAUUUCGCUCUGUCACAGAGUGAGAGGAGUUCGGUGACGCUGGCGAAGGGAAGCUUGAUUUUUCAAAAAAGUGCCUUCUGUGAGAUUGUUGGAGGACCCUGAAAUACUUGAAUUUGUGAAAGGAAGAAGGCUUCUCGUAGCCUGUUUUUGUUCCUUACUCUGUACAAGGCUUUAUAUUGUUUAUUGCUGGGGUUUUUUUGCUUUUUUUCCCUCUCAUGGGCCUAGAUCAGUAAAGCCUAUGCCAUCACAACCACUACUAUCACAGCCUCUACUAGUCCAAUGUCAUUAGCAACAAGACAACCUCAUAGCUCUAUCAGAAACCUGUGCAAAGCAAGUCAUAAUAAAAGCAAAACACUGGAGUUACCUCACUCUUACUACAGUAACCGCUUCUACUCUACCUUACUCUACAAACCUCUGAUUGCUCUUCUCAUGCUGUACUGUAUACAAACACAAGGCUUAGGUCUACCGCUCAUUCACUCCCACCUGAAUGCACACCACAAUGCAAAAGAAACCAUACCGAAAUACAAACAUCCUCUGCUCUUCACUUCAAAGGGUUUUUUUUUUUCCUAUUCUUACACAGUGCCUCACACAGGUCUUAAAAUUCAGUGGGGACAAGAGUUGUAAAUAAUAAUGAUAUUUAUUAUUGCCGUGACUUCUUUCUCACACUCGAACUUUUCUUUUUUUGUGGAAAUAUAUUUAUUUAUUUAUAAGAGAAUUUCGGCUGUACGUAUAUUAUAUUUCAUUCCACAGUCACUGAAGGGCCCACGGAUUAUUUAAACGGCAAAUACUAGAUCAAUUUUUUUUUUCUUUUUGACCAUAUUUAUGGCUUGAAAUUUUAAAGAGCAGAUGUGUGUGUAUGUAUGUUUGUGUAUGUCAUGUAUAUACCUGUGUAAAUAGUCCUGAAUGCACUUCCAUCUUAAUGUAUCUAAAACAUUGAACGUCUACUGAUGGUAACUGGUUUUGUUACUCUGUCGUCUGCUGUGGGAGUAAACGUGGACUGAAUGUUGUGUGACUGAUGUAUGUGAGAAUGAGAAUUUUCUGGUUGCAUGAUUGCAGCUUGGAUUGUUUUUUUUUCAUCCAUUCAAAUUAGAAUUGUAAAUUAUGUUAGAAACUAUUUUUAUACAAUUUCAAUAAAUAUUUUUUUUUUAACUAUGA